AUGCAAUUCGCUAUUCGAAGGAAACUAGUCAUUGUUGGCGACGGAGCCUGUGGCAAGACGUCUCUUUUGUACGUGUUCACACUAGGAGAGUUCCCAACUCAGUACCACCCCACUGUGUUUGAAAACUACGUCACGGACUGCCGGAUCGAUGGAAAGCCUGUGCAAUUAGCGCUCUGGGACACGGCGGGCCAGGAGGAGUACGAACGGCUCCGACCUCUCAGCUAUCACAACAGCCACAUCAUUUUGAUAGGAUUUGCGUUGGAUGUGCCAGAUUCACUAGACAACGCCCGUACAAAAUGGGUGGAGGAGGUUAAAAAGUACUGCCCCGAUACGCCAUACAUCCUCAUUGGGUUGAAGAAGGACUUGCGGCUCUCGGUCAAGGACAGAGUUCGAUUUGUUCAGACUGCGCAAGGUGAGGCGGUAGCCAAGGAGAUUGGAGCAAAACGAUACAUGGAGAGUUCUUCACUCACGGGAGAAGGUGUGGAUGAUAUUUUUGAGGUGGCUACGAGGUUGAGUUUGCUUCUUACCGAGAAGCCUGCGCUGUCAUGCUGUGCUAUACUUUAG